AUGGCUGACAGCCAUCCGUCACCGUCGAAGUUACAUCUGAAGCGCACCCCUGCCGAACAGGCAGAACGAGCCCGCCGCAAGGCUCUCAAGGCUGCACGAAAGGCUGCCAAGCGGCUGAGGAGGGCCACUGCCGACGGAUCCUUUACUUCGGACAGUAGCGGCUCCAAGGAAAAACCCAGAAGCAAGAGACGCAAACAUCGACGAGGUAGUAAUGUAGACGGUUUAGCAUCACAACCGUCUCCACCUCGAGAAAUAGAUUCAGAUGCCAUUCGAGACGAAAUAGAAAAGGAGGCAUUUAUGGAAAAGAUGUGCGGAGCCUUCGAAGACGAUGAACGUUUGGAUACCAUACACUCGAAAUUUGACAGUUAUGUUCACAUCCCUGGUCGGUGGGCCGACAAUCGCACAGGACAGGAUAGUCAUUUGGCAAGGGAUCCCCAGUAUAUGGAUGAUGAUGAAUACGCAGAAUGGGUCAGGGAAGGAAUGUGGAGGCGGAAACAUGCUCGGGAAUAUGAAGAACGAGCUAGGAAAGAGUCUGAAAGAACAGCUCGUCGGGCCCGCGAAGCUCAAGCCAGAGCGGAAACUGUUCGCCUCGAGAAGGCCACCUCCGAGCGAAGGGAACAGAAGAGACGGGAAAAAGAAGAACUGCGCCAACACGAAUACCAAAGUUACUACGAGACUCGUUGGCAGGAACUUUUGAACCCGGGAGACACAGGCAUGAAUCCACUUGCGUUCAUGGACAUCCCAUGGCCGCUUUCCCCGGGUUCUUCCUUAGUUGUCGAUGGUCACACAACCUAUCGCACGCACAGGAUCGAGGAUUUCACCGAAGAGGCCAUAUCCAAGUUUUUGACGGUGAAGACAACGCACCCGGGCGCUAACACUGACAAAUGUGAGGAUAAGGUUGGGAAAGAGAAGCUGAGGGAGACGAUUUUGCGCUUUCAUCCGGACAAGUUUGAAGGUCGGGUCAUGCAGCGAGUAUUAGCCACCGAUAGAGAUCGGGUCAGAGAGGCAAUUGGUCAGAUUGCCAGGGUGCUCAACGCGCUCAUGGGCGCGCGAUCCUAG